AUGGCAUCUUCGUUGGGGGCUUGUUGGUCGUCGUGUGGCACGACUCUUUGUCCCGACCGCACCAUCGACAUCCGCCCGACAUUGACCCGCGGGGUCGUGCCGCACCGACGUCCCGAGGUGGUCGAUGGGGGCGCGGGAGUUCGCAGAAAAGAGUCUUGCAAAAUCCAAGGCGGCCCCCGAGGCCGGGCUGGGUUCGUGACCGGCUCUUCCAGCAAUGCGCCCCCAAGAUUCUCCCGGAUUUUUUGCCAGCGGUUUUUCGGCCCAAGUGCGGCGCGUUGGAAACGCAUCCGUCGAAAGGACAGCGAUGCCGGAGGAGAGGAAGACCCACGGAAUCUAGCGCAGCAUUCCUCCCAAGGAACAUCGUCCUCUUUUUCGUACUGCAAGGGGGUUUUUUGA